CGAGCGGAUUAUUACUUAAUCCGAUGCCCCAAACUUUUGGAUACUGACAAGGAUAAGAUCGCAUCUAGACAUCUCUAUAAACGUCCUGUAUUUGCGAGCCAGGUAUCAUUCACGGCAAAUAUCUCAACCAUAUAUACGCUGAAAUGUCACACAGCAAACGCAACACCGCGCGCAGCGUCUUCACAUCUUACGAGCGCGACCUCGCGAAAUCAGCAUGGUCGAACAAUUCCGCCCGCCUAUCUCGCGAUUCCUUCCUCCCAUUCGCAUCAUGCAGUCUCUGCCUGAUGCCAGCGCAAUCGCCGGUGUCCUGCUCCCACGGCCACAUCUUCUGUCGCGAAUGCGCCCUCUCGAAUAUCCUGGCCCAGAAGAAGGAAAUCAAGAGGAUGGAGAAGGUGGCGGAGCGGGAACUAGCGGAGGCGCAAGAUGUUGCACUCAAGGAUGAUGAGGAGGCGAAGAAGAGGGCUGUGGAAGAAUUUGAGAGGGUGCAGAUGGGGUUACAGGCCAAGGUUGGCGCGGGGCGGAGUAUUGUUGGGAGGCAGAGCGGCAAGGUCGUGGUAGAGGAGGAUGUAGUGGGAGGAAAGCGUGGGGAGAAGCGGAAAUUCGAGUUGGAUGAGGAUGAGUUGCUGCGGAUUGCGAAGGACGACAGGACGAAGGCGCGGAAGGCGAUUGAUGAUGAGAAGGCGUCGAAGACGACUCUACCGUCAUUCUGGGUACCGUCUAUCACUCCAUCCUCAAACACGAACAAUACACUACACGACAUCAAGAAGAAGGCGAAAUCUUCGCCCGUAUGCCCGUCAUCCCAGGCCGAUAAGCCGCACUUUUACUCGUUGCAUACUCUUAUAACUGUCUCAUUCACCGAGGAGAAGAGCUCAGACAAGAAGAUCACUCAGCGGAUAUGUCCCGCGUGCAAGAAGGCGUUGAGCAAUAGCUCGAAAGCCAUGCUGACGAAGCCUUGCGGGCACGUAAUAUGCAAGAGUUGCACGGAGAAGUUCAUGAGCGCGGGCAAGGGGGAUCCGCAUGGACCGGAGGCGGAGGCAGAUAAAAUACGCUGUUUUGUCUGUGAGGCUGAUCUAACGGAAGUUAAACCCAAGGAGGGGAAGACACAGAAACCCGAGAAGGAUAAGGUUACACCUGGGCUGGUGGAGAUCAAGAGCGAGGGAACGGGAUUUGCGAGCGGAGGGAUGAAUAAAGUUGAGAAGUUGGGAGUUGCAUUCCAAUGCUGAUACGAUACAUACUUAUAGAGAUACCC